AUGUGGAAGGCGUCAGAACGACUGAUGGACACCAUCGGUCACUAUGCUUCGUUUCCAGCGACAGGAGUCUCUCUGCGGCAGAUGGUUCAGUUCGGGCACAGACCAUCAACAGGUAUGUUAGAUACAGGUGUGUACUAUUGCUUCUGUCAACCUACCGGAGCCCAGGCAGUGCUUAACCUUGUCCUAUGGAAAAUCACAGGCACGCUCUUCCGCGCAUCCCAGUUUCUGUCCGAAGAACUUCCCAUUCGGUUAGCACACAGGGUACAGGAGCUGGGUGAUCUGCCAGAUGGACUGAACGACGUGCCUUCAAUCAAAAAGGUGCAAGACUGGUAUGCGCAGUCUUUUGAGGAAAUCAUAAGCCUCCCCCGGCCAACACUCUCGCAAGAAGUCAGAUCCCGUCUCCUGCGGCCCAGUCGCCAGCCUGGCCGUGAGCCGAAGGUGCUGGAGGAGGCGACACAAAACCCUAGUAUAAAAGACGGCCGGUAUCGCUCCUCCACAACGUCCAUCCUUCCACAGACAAAAGACUAUUGCAUUAACGGCAAUGGCAAUGGAAGCGGGAAUGGGAACGGGCAUUCAAAACAUAGAGUCAGCGGGAACCGAAGAUAUUUUGUUGCUGCAGACGACGGGGGCGAGUGGCCACCCGAACUCCGGGAUUACAACAAUCGCUUCGCGUCGACCUUGCAUCACAUCAAGAGAAGGCACGAUAGUGUGGUCACAACUGUGGCGCAGGGCAUCCUAGAAUGGAAACGAAAAAGGCAGCGAAUGCAGAUUGAUUCGGAUAUACAAUCAUUCCUUGAUCGAUUCUACAUGUCUCGCAUCGGUAUUCGAAUGCUUAUCGGCCAACACAUUGCCCUCACACAACAGACGCACGAAUACCACCCAAACUACGUUGGAAUCAUCUGCACCAAGACUAACGUUAGGGAACUCGCCCAAGAAGCUAUUGAGAAUGCACGGUUUGUUUGUGAGGAUCAUUACGGGUUAUUCGAUGCCCCCAAAGUUCGUCUUGUUUGCAAAGAUGAUCUGAAUUUCAUGUAUGUCCCAGGCCAUUUGUCGCAUAUGCUCUUCGAAACGUUGAAAAACUCGUUACGUGCCGUUGUGGAAACCCAUGGCCCGGAGAGUGAUGUAUUCCCAGAGAUCAAAGUUAUCGUUGCGGAAGGUCGCGAGGACAUAACGAUCAAAAUAUCGGAUGAAGGAGGCGGGAUUCCAAGGUCAUCCAUUCCGCUUGUUUGGACGUACAUGUAUACCACUGUGGAUCAGACUCCUAAUCUGGACCCGGAUUUCAACAAAAGCGAUUUCAAGGCUCCAAUGGCUGGGUUUGGUUAUGGACUUCCAAUCAGUCGGCUUUACGCACGGUAUUUCGGCGGUGACUUGAAGCUGAUAAGCAUGGAGGGGUAA